CUGCCAACACACUGAGGACCAGCAGUUGCCCAGGAACUCCCGAGAUGCAGCGGCACAGGGAGGAGGCUGUCAAACGCCUGGCUGCAAAGGUGGUGGCUUAUCAUUAUUGCCAGGCAGAUAACACGUACACUUGCUUGGUCCCAGAAUUUGUGCACAGCAUCGCAGCCCUUCUGUGCAGAGCUCAUCAACUGAGUGCGUACCGGGAGCUGUUGCUGAAAGAGCCCCACCUCCAGAGCAUGCUCAGUCUGCGCUCCUGUGUCCAAGACCCCAUGGCUGCUUUCCGGAGAGGAGUCCUGGAACCGUUGGCCAACCUUCGGAAAGAGCGAAGGAUUCCAGAGGAAGAUUACAUAAUCUUAAUAGACGGGCUGAAUGAAGCGGAGUUCCACAAACCAGACUAUGGAGACACCAUUGCAUCCUUCAUCACAAAAAUCAUUGCCAAGUUCCCCUCCUGGCUAAAACUGGUUGUCACUGUUCGAAUCAACUUGGUGGAGAUCACCAGCCUCCUGCCCUUCUCCAAAAUCUCCCUGGAUGACUUUUCUGACAACAAAGAGAUCAGCAAUGACCUCAACGCAUAUAUCCAGUAUCGUAUCAACGGCAGCAAGGACAUCAUGAACAAUAUUAGCCUGAACGGCAAGGCCGAUCCUAUCACAGUCGGCAAGCUAAGUAGCCACCUGAUCUCCCGCAGCCAAGGGUCCUACCUGUAUCUCAAACUCACCCUGGAUCUGUUUGAAAGAGGCCACCUCGUGAUCAAAAGUGCCAGUUACAAAGUCGUGCCUGUUUCACUGGCAGAACUGUACCAGUUACAGUGUAACAUGAAAUUCAUGACCAAUUCAGCCUUUGAGCGCUCACUGCCGAUCCUCAACGUAUCGCUCGCCUCGCUGCACCCCCUGACUGACGAGCAGCUGUUCAACGCCAUCAACGCGGGGUUCGUCCAGGGGGAGCUACAAUGGGAGGACUUUCAGCAACGCAUGGAGCUGCUCUCGUGCUUUCUCAUCAAACGGAGGGACAAGACGCGCAUGUUUUGUCACCCUUCCUUCAGAGAGUGGCUGGUGUGGAGAGCUGAUGGAGAGAGUACGGACUUCCUUUGUGACCACAGGACCGGUCACGCUCUCAUGGCUUUCAUGUUAUUGCGCCAAGAGGGGAAACUGAAUCGGCAGCAGACAAUGGAGCUGGGACACCACAUACUCAAAGCACACAUCUUCAAGGGUCUGAGCAAGAAGACAGGCGUGUCAUCCAGUGUCCUUCAGGCUCUGUGGAUAAACUGCAGCACUGACGGCCUUUCUGCAGCCCUGGCCUCCCUGAGGAACCUCUACACACCUAAUGUCAAGGUAAGCCGUCUCCUGAUGCUGGGAGGGGCAAACGUGAAUUACCGCACAGAAGUCCUGAACAACGCACCAGUGCUUUGCGUCCAGUGUCACCUUGGUCACCAGGAAAUUGUCUCACUGCUGCUCGAGUUCGGCGCCAGCGUGGAUGUUGUUUCAGAAAACGGCAUGAGCCCCCUCUGCUUCUCAGCUGCUGCAGGACACUUGGGACAAGUCAUGCUGCUCUGUAAAAAGGAGGCUAAGGUGUUUCUUCAGGUCGGUGCUCGCUUGGUUGAAAAUUGUUCACUUUGGAAAAUCCGGAAGCAAAGAGCAGCACGAGCAUCAUGCAGACAAACAGUGUCUUCAUCGUCUCCUGGAGAAGAAAACACAUGGACAUUUUUCCACAUUAAGAAUUUGGCAGAUACAUCCUUUUGGAUCCUGAAGCUCAGACGAUUUCUAAAUAUCCUGAACAAGCCUGAUCUGGACGGCUCCUGGAAGCAGAUUCAGGCGUGAUGAUGUCAUUUUCAACUGGAAAAAGAAGCUUUGAAAAGCUGAAGUAGUUUAAAUGUUUAGAUAUUUAACCUUGUUGUA